GGUAUGGCUUGUUUUCAUCGCCACGUCUAGAAUGUUUUAUUGAUUAAAUGAUGACAAAUCUCGCCGAAGAGUUAGGUACCUGCUCUAGCGGUGCCAGUGACCCUUUAUAUCUACCUACUUAAUACCAGGCAGUGACCUUCAAUCUAUACACUGUUCAUCUUGGCUCCCGGAUGACGAAAUAGCGAAGUUCUAGAACGUAAUACAUUUAGUUCAAUUGAUAGUUUGUCUUCUCCAACUCAACCGUUAACUUCGUAAACCCACGCAGCUAAAGUAUAUUCAGAUCCGCCAUGGCCAACGGAAAGCUUCUCGUCCUCGGCGCGACAGGAGAGACGGGACAGGUCCUCGUGAAGCGCGCUCUCGAGUUAGGUUGGCGAGUGACUAUUUACGGCCGACGAACGCUACCAGAGCAUGCUCAGAAUGCAGAUAUCAAGUCAGUCGAAGGAACCCUCGACAAUGAAGAGCAACUACGCACCGCGAUCCGCGGCCAAGACGUCAUCAUCUCCGUAGUCGGGCCCUCCGGCAUGCGCGCCGAAACCGCCGUCUUCGUACCAGCAUACAAGCUAAUCCUCUCCAUCAUGAAAGACGAAGGAGUCAAGCGCAUCAUCGCAUUAAGCACAUUCAGCGUCAAGGACCCCAAGGACAAGCCGAGUCUAUACAUCUGGUUUCUAACAACGGUGCUCUGGGCCAUCGCGCACAAGAUUUGGAAGACGAUCGUCGACAUUGGUGAGGUAUUUGAUACUUAUGGCGGCGACCUCGAUUGGACUCUAUUCCGAGUCGGAUUCUUGGGGAAUGGGCCGAGGGGUCGGGUUGUUGAUGGGUAUGUGGCGGACGGCAAGCUCGGUGCUUCCAUUGAACGCGCCGACAUUGCUGAGUGGGCGUUGACUCAGGCAGAGAAGUCGCCACCGGAGCAUGUGAGACAGAAGCCUGGCAUUUCUUCUCUGAAGGAAUGAUUGUAGAUUUGUAUGGAGGUUCAUGCGAUUCGAGUUGAUACCAUAGUCCAGCUAGUUGUGAGUUGGUUUUGUUCGAAAUAUGAGGGGGUCUAUUCCAAGGUGUCCAUGGUUUAUAUCCAACUAAAUUGAGCUUAUAUAUGCAUUGAAGAAUAAAA